CGCACGUCGCGAUUGUAAAUACUCCCACAUGCUGCGUCUUGCCAGCUGGCGCGGUGCUCAGCUGAUCGUGUCUGAUGUGCAGCGUUCAUGAUAACUCAGCGGCAUCACUAAACUGAACAUUUCUUGAACCACUGACACGUAACAAUACUUUAGAGCAGCAGUGAACGAGGAACAGGAAGGGUCGAGGGACAACUCACCUGAUCAACUCAGGAGGUGAGACAAGGCCCUUCAGGAAGUGCUCGGCAGUAGUGGAAACGUGGGGUCCCCGGUUCACUGGACCACGUCUGGCAGUGAUCAGGGAUGGAGAAUGGUAUUGAGAAGAAGGGGAGUGAAACAGAGGUAUUAUGGCAGCCUGAAAAUUAUUACUGUCCGCGCCCUGAAGUGCCCUCUGCUGUCAUCCUGCUCAACAAUGGAAUCUCAGAGUCCAAUGUGAAGAGUGUGCUGCAGUGGUGGUGCAAUGAACUCCUUCAAGGAGUUUACUGUGAUAGGAUUCCAAAAAAGCAGCAGCCAGCCACCUCUCAAGAAGUAAAUAUAAGUCAGCCAAUUCUAAGAAGCAAACCAACACUGUGCCUGAGAAUUCCCAUCAACAUUUGGAGAAUAGGAGCAAGCAUUCGGAUCUGUGUGGACGGUGCCACAAAUCACUUCCACCACCUCAUGUGGCAACAGCAGGGUGCCACAGCCUGCCACUGCCCAUGUCCUCUCCCAGAUGUCAUAUCAGGGGACUUUGACUCCAUCCAGCCUGACCUGCUGAAGCUGUACUCAGCUGAGGGUGUCACCAUUGUGCCCACACCAGAUCAGGAUGAGACAGACUUCACCAAGGCAGUGCGGGUGGCAGCUGGCCUCAUCAGGGAGCGCCAAACCAGUGUGAACCACAUCCUGGUGGUGGCUGGCUCAAACAACAACAGGUUUGACCAUGUCCUGGCCAUCGUGGCGACGCUUUACAAGGCAUAUCAGAUUACAUCAACACCUGUGGUGGUGGUGUGGGGAGGAAGCCUCUUCUGGGUGCUGGGGGCAGGACAGCACCGCAUCCAGGUGCCUGCAGAGCUGUGCCGUAAUCCUUCAUCCAGUUGGUGUGGCCUGGUGCCAGUGGGCCAGGCUGCCACUGCCACCACCACUGGCCUCAAGUGGAAUCUUGAUCACCAGACCCUUGCAUUUGGCCAGCUGGUGAGCACUUCCAACACUUACCAACUUCCUCCUGGUGGUGGUGAUGUGACAGUCACCACUUCUGGUCCUCUACUAUGGACUAUGGGAUGGAUGACUGAACCUGGCCUCUUCAAACGAAAAUACUCAGAGCUUCAGAAUGGCUUCUGAGGUGAUGAUGAAAAGGGACAUGAAGAAAGAGCAGCAUAUUCUAAAUGACUUGUUUAAGCUUUUAGUAUUGAAUAUCCCUGCUUGUAAGGUGACUGGUUUUAAGAUGAUACUGUGAAUUUUUAUGGCACAGUGUUACUUGUUCAUCUCACCAGAAGUUACUGAUGUCAUUCUUUGCCUUAGAAGUGACAGGAUUACUUAUGACUGAGACUGCUCGAAUACAUAAUGGAUCAUAACCCUGAAACUGCAUUCAGCGUGAGGAGAGCUGUGAUCUCAUGUACAGUCACCGCCAAAAAUAAUGGUGCGAGACUUUUUUUGUCUCAUGCCUUGCAGUCAUGCAUCAUAAAAAAAAAGUUUAAUAAAUAUUCAGGAGGUACUUGCCAGGUCCAGUACUUUAUGGGGAGUCCCUUCUGCUUCACACAACUUGCCAGGGGACAGAGUCAAGCAGCUGCUGCAGGAGGAAGGAGUUGAGUUAUGUUUGUAGGAGAGAUCAUCUUUAGGUGGUGCUGUAUUUUACAGCACCCAUGGGCUGUUCUUUAAUUCCUUUGCUGUUACACAGGGCUGGGCCUCGUACAAAUGGCCACACACCCCAUGUAAGACCAGCAUCAAGUGACAACACUGUGUCCUGGACAUUGGCAAAAAUAUUUUGCUCCCCAUGCUUAUGCUGACAGGGUAACAAUGAGCAGGUGGUGGUCUAGGCUGUUGAUUGGCCAUCCUCCCACUUCUUUCAACAUUCAGCAUGUUGACUUAGUCUUCCUACCAAAGUGCUGAGUGCAGGAAGCAAAAUAUUAUUGUCACAGUCACUAACACAGACUGGAGCAGGGCUGUCACUAAAUUCUAGAAAUCCAUUGGGGCUGUCCAUAAAAAAAAAAAAAUAAUAAUAAUAAAUAAAUAAAUAAAUAAAAUAAUAAUAAUAAUAAUUAAUAAUAAUAAAAAGAUAAAAUAAGGUUCUGGAAGUUUCAACAUUCAAAAAAUUUUCAAAGCUGAGAGAUAUGUAACAUGUAGAGGCUAUGCAUGAUGUGAGAGGCUGAGGAACCUUCCUCAAACACUGGACAUUGGUAUAUUUUGGUUAUUGUUAUCCUGCCCAUGGCAGUAUUCUGGAUUUAUGAUUGUAUAAAGAUGAAUUUAUUUUCAUAAAGGCAAAACAAAGCUCCACUUAAC